AUGAAGGGAAGUAAAAAUCUACGGAAGAUCUUAAUAUGUGUAGUUGUUCUGUAUGUCCUGAUCGUAUGUUUGAAGAAAUGGAAAUCAGAAUCAAGUGUUCAGUUUGAGAAAGAAAAAGCCAUAGAAAAAGCAUAUCCUAGUCCGAAAACUAUUGAAAUUCCUAAAAAGUCUACGAAAAGUAAUUUAGCUAAGGACAUGAUAAAGCGCACAACUCAAACAGAGGGGUCAAAAUUACAUCAAAGUGCAACUUUGGAAGCAUGUAAACAUUUCCGAAAUAAGAGUUUUUCACCAUCGAUGGAAGAAAAUAUGAAUGUUGUAAAAAAUUACAAAUUUACAGUGCCCAAUGAAUAUCUUCAGCGUCUUCAGCUUGAUCAACAUGGAAUAGAUACUUUGAUUAAUCAAAAACAAAAUUGUUCAAUACCUGUGAUUGUAUCAGGGGUAUCAGAAAACCACUUUACCGAAAUCAUUGGACUUUUGAAUUCUAUCAAUAUCCAUGUUCGAAAAAAGUAUCCAGAUUUGAAAUUAAUAGUGUUUAACUUGGGUCUAUCAAACGCCCACAUAAAUGAUCUACGGAAAAUGUGUAGCUGUGAUGUUAGGCAGUUUCCUUUUGAAAAAUUCCCGCCACAUGUAAAACGUUUGCAAGGAUAUACUUGGAAACCAAUUAUUCUUCAGAUCAUUUUGCAAGAAUAUGAUUUUGUCAUGUGGGUUGAUUCCUCUAUUCGCUUAAAUGAAAAGUUGAAUGAAUUAUUUGAUCGAGCAAAACGCACUGGGAUUCAAAUUCUGGAGGGAGAUGGGUCAAUAGCUGUACGAACACACCGAAAAUUAUUUGACUUCUUAAAAGAAGAACCUUGUAUGUUUAACUAUCCAGAAGUUCAGCCAGGGUGGAUUCUCAUGAAACGAACUGAAUUUACGCUUAAAGUGUUACUACGUCCCAUUUUAUCUUGUGCACUACAAUUUGGCUGCAUGGAUUUUCCAAAUGCUGCACAAUUUCUGUACUGUAAAGAUCCAACAAAACUCUCAGCAUGUCAUAGGUAUGACCAAUCUGUUCAUGGAAUCAUCUUGACCAGACUAUUUAAUAAAAAUCGAAAAUCUAUCUCGUUUAAGGAGAAAGAAUUUGGAAUUGUGUGUAGAGGAUGUCUUGAAAAGUUCAAGCAAAUCAAGACAUAAAUUAUCCCUGCAUUUGAGUUUACGAUAUUCUAAAAGUAACAAAACAUUUAGUCUACGUCAAAGUAGGUUGCUACAUGCAAAAAGAAAAUGCAUAUUAAACUGUUAAUUUUAUCUAAGAUAUCAUACAUGUAUGUAUUGCACAUAUAUAAAUAAAUGUUAGGCAGUAGAUAUAUUCUAGAACUAAGCAGUAUAUAAUCCCCUAUUUAGAAGGAUUUUAAUUUUAAG